AUGGCACCCAAGACUUGGACUAAGGAGACUUUCACGCUCAACACUGGAGCAAAGAUCCCCGCGAUUGGUUUGGGAACGUGGCAAUCCAAGCCCAAUGAGGUCCGCGAAGCUGUGAAGGCUGCACUUCAGGCGGGUUACAGACAUAUCGACACUGCCCUUGCAUAUGGCAACGAGCACGAGGUCGGCCAGGGUAUCAAGGACUCCGGCGUACCGCGCGAGGAGAUCUGGGUCACCACUAAGCUCGACAACCCGUGGCACAAGCGCGUGGAAGAGGGCAUUGAGAGCUCGCUGAAGAGCUUGGGUCUCGACUAUGUUGACCUCUACCUCAUGCACUGGCCCUCAUCUUCCGACCCAGCCGACCUGAAGAAGCACUACCCCGACUGGGACUUCCGCGACACCUGGCGCGAGAUGCAAAAGCUGCCUGAGUCCGGCCGCGUGAAGAACAUCGGCGUCUCCAACUUCGCCAUCAAGAAUCUCGAGAAGCUCUUCGCGUCUCCCGACUUCAAGAUCACGCCCGCCGUCAACCAGGUCGAGCUGCACCCUAACAACCCCUCGCCCAAGCUCCUCGACUACCUCAAGGAGAAGGGCAUCCACGCCACAGCGUACUCCUGCCUUGGCUCGACCGACUCUCCACUGUACAAGAACGAUGAGUUGAAGAAGAUCGCUGAGAAGAAGGGGAAGACGGUGCAGCAGGUAUUGCUGCUGUGGGGUCUUCAGCGAGGAACGAGUGUCAUUCCCAAGAGUGUAACUGCUUCUAGGAUCCAGGCGAACUUCGAGCUAGACGGCUGGGAGCUGGAUGAAGAGGAACAGAAGACUAUUAGCUCGCUGCCUGAGAGGUUCAAGGUUUGCGGCGAUGCUUGGUUGCCGGUCAAGGUAUUCUUCGGCGACGACGAGUAA